UGGAUAAUUUUUAUUGCAUUUUUUCUGUUGGGUUUUCUUUGUGUCUUUUCAAUGUCGUUAAUUUUUUUGUUGUCAACUAUAUUCUGUUCAACUUCCUACAGCUGCAUUUUCUGCUUUUAAUCCCUAUCCAUUAUCGCUUCUCAUUUUUUCACAAAAAGCUUGAGUGUUGCUCCUUUGCCUCUACCUCCUUUUUUGGGAUUCUUCUCGCCAUUCUUUAGUAUUUGUUUUCACAAUGUAUGGAUAAUUAUUUUGAUGCAUUGAUAAUUAGGUUUCACGGUUGCAUUGAUGGCUGCUCAAUGGUUUCAGAAAAUUCCUUUAAUUCCUGAGAAAACAGAGUGAAAGGGAGGAAACCAAUGUUUUGGAUUUUUGUGUUGGAUCUUUCUUCAUCUUUAAAUUAUAUAAAUAUUCGUCUUCGAGUAGCUGAAUUUCAAGAUUAGAAGAUCUGGUUUCAUAUUGUUCCAGUUAUUUUUGUCUCACUUCUUUCUCUUUUGAUGACUAGGGUUCGUUUCUAUAGCGAUGCUAACAUUCUUUUGACUGUGUUAAAGGAUGGGGGAUCAUUUUGUGUUGUUUGUUGAUCGACUGAUCACUGAAUCUACCCUAGAAGCUGUUAUAGAGAGCACAUAUCAGUUGCAGCACCCAACACUCACAGCAAGCCAAGAUACUAUGGACUCUUCCCAUAAAAUAGAUGUGAAUGGGUCAUCUUCUAGUAAAUUUGUACAGUGUAGGAUUUGCCAUGAUGAGGAUGAUGAUUCAAACAUGGAAACACCAUGUUCUUGCUGUGGCAGCUUGAAGUAUGCUCAUCGUAAAUGUGUUCAGAGGUGGUGCAAUGAGAAGGGUGAUACAAUAUGUGAGAUUUGCCACCAGCAAUUCACGCCAGAUUAUACAGCACCACCUCCUCUAUUUCAUUAUAGUGGUAUUCCGAUGAACUUCCGGGGGAAUUGGGAGAUUUCCAGAAGGGAUCUGCAGAAUCCUCAAUUUAUAGCAAUGGUUACUGCUGAUCAUGAAUACAUGAAUACCGACUUUGAUGAUGAAUACUCAGCUCCCUCUUCAAGAAGCUUGAUAUGCUGCCGUGUAGUUGCUAUCAUCUUUAUGGUUCUUCUGGUUUUACGCCAUACUCUUCCAUUCUUAAUAAGUGGAGCUGGAGAGUACUCAUUGACAUUGUUCACAUUACUGAUGUUGAGAACGAUUGGGAUUCUAUUUCCAAUCUAUAUCAUGGUUAGAGCAUUCACUGCUAUCCAACGUCAGCGGCGUCAACAGGAUCCUGAAAUUUCCCUUGCCACAUCCGACGAAGAAAAUGACUUGGCAUAUCCAUCACGCUUGAUUCAAAUUCGAUAAUUGAUUCAGCCACCACUCUUGGCUGGUGGAAUCAUUUGCUAUCACUGCAACAUCCCAGAAACCGAUCAAUAAUCAAGAUCUGCAAUUAUGUGUAAUGCAGAUGAACAUGAUCAGUGACAUCAUCAUUUCAAGACAAUGUGCUCGAAGCAUCGAUUACUGGCAAAACUUUUGCUUACCACGAUUCUGAAGGCCGUGUGUAGACAGCAUUGGAUAUAAGCUUUUUUCUUUUCAAGUACAGCAUACAAAUUAUGGGAAGCCUAGAAAUCAAAGCUGCAUGUAAAUUUUGAUAGUAAGUUGAUGUAUUUUAUCCAAAAGGAACAUGAUUGCCGCUUUCACUUUUAAUAUGCUCCCUUCAAGAUCUUGUUUAUAAAUUACACACAAAAAAAGUUCCAAGAGU